GUGCUGCUGUCUGGACUGAUCGGAGUGGUGUCCUGGAAAAGGCCGCUUUCUCUUGUGAUCACCUUCUUCAUGCUGCUGUCCGCCGUUUGUGUGAUGCUGAACCUGGCUGGCUCCAUUCUGUCGUGCCAAAAUGCCCAACUGGUCAACUCCCUGGAGGACUGUCAGCUGCUGAAGUUUGACAGUGACGGCGUGUGCGUGUGCUGUGAGCUCCAGCAGCAGAGCUCCAGCUGUAAUAACCUGGGAGAGACGCUGAAACUGAACCCCCUGAGAGACUGCAACACCAUCCGCCUGCGCCUCAAGGAGUUGCUGUUUAGUGUGUGUGCUCUGAACGUGAUCUCCACCAUCGUGUGUGCUCUGGCCACGGCCAUGUGCUGUAUGCAGAUGGUGUCCACGGACGUGCUGCAGAUGUUCAUGCCACACAGAGCACGCGCCCUAAACGCUGACUGCAUGACCCCACACGGGACCAUCCUGCACCAGACUCUGGACUUCGAUGAGUUUAUACCCCCCAUCCCCCCUCCUCCAUACUACCCCCCGGAGUACACCUGCACCCCCUCCAUGGAUGCACAGAGGGGAUUGCAUUUGGAUUUUCCUCAUUCUCCUUUCAGUGCUAUCUAUGGGGUUCCCAUCAACAGUCCCGGGACCCUCUAUCCCACAGACCUGCCUCCUCCCUAUGAGUCUGUGGUGGGACAGACUCCAGCCAGCCAGGUCACUACAAGCAUCGAGCAGCAGGCAACAGGGUCCAGUCUGUGUGACAGAAACACCACUGCAGGACUCAGCACUCAAGCUUCAGUGGACAGUGCGUCUCUGAUGGUGUCUGAAGUGGCAGAUCCAGACCAGACAUGCUCCUCUGAGGACCUGUGCUCUCUGGAGGUGCAGGGCUCUGACCUGUCUCCGUACGGGACUCUGCACACGGCUCCCACAGACGGCAGCUGCACCAGCCUGGAGCUGUGCACACGGCACUCUCGCUGUCACCGUGGCCUGGCGUGCUCUGAGGCGCGCCCCAGUGACACGGGCUACAGCGAGUCAUCACACACUCAAGAGGAGCGCUCUCCGGACUGGUCCUCUGGGAACUACAGUAAUCUGGACCAGGAGGACUCCACUGAACACACUCACCCUAGUGAAGAGCUGAGGGCUCGCAUGAUGAGCCGUAAGCUGACUCUCCCAGUCACUGUGUCACCUCCGCCGCAGCCCUGCUCCCCCACAUCAGUGGCUUCUUCUGGGGGGACAUCUGCCUUCAGCCCCCUGGCUCCGUCUCUGUCUCCCUCCCCUCCAGCUCGAGCCCGAGGCCCGCGAUUAUGUUUCAGUGUGUGGUCUCCUGCUUCAUCACAGCCCCCCUCCACCUCCUCUACCUCAGCUCAGGGCAGCUCCCCCGACCGGCCUCGAGGGCUGAGAGCAGCCAGGAAGUACCGCAAACUGGCACGCAUAGUCCGCUCCACCAGUGACCCGCUCGCAUGCUCCACCACCUCAGGAGGUGAAAAUUAUGGCUGUGCUGCAGCAAACAACCCUGCUGAGGAUUCAGUGCGAGUUUCACCAGAACAAGUGGGCACCAAACCCGCUCACACCAGCACUAAGAAGCAGCAGAAAGAAGCCAAAAAAACAGACCUCCAGGUGAAGUCUCGAAGCAUGCAUUCUCAGCCCUCGCAUGAGCGCCCUCACUCUCUGGCCGAUCUGAAGAUGUACAAAGACACUAAGAUCCUGGUGGCCAAGUUUCUGGAGCACUCGAGCUGCAGUCUACCUCCUGAAGUCCAACAAGUCGUCAACAACAUCAAGUGUGUCAUCAAAUCCGAUGAGAAACACAUGGAGGAGGCUAUUUUCAGUGCCAACGUCAUAGACCAGAUGAUGACACAGCGGAUCACAGGCAGUCCCAGAAAGCAUACCUAUGAGGACCUGCACCUCCAGAGCUGUGGGGCUCUGAGCUCCUCCCCCUCUCCCUCUCUGCACCGCCCCACACCCACCCAGCCACAUACAACCAGCGCAUCCACCAACCCCUCAGACUCCCCUUCGUCUGAACAGGGCGUUUUGUGCAGAGAAACUAUUCUUUGA